UAAUGAUUAUACUGAAGGAAAUGAAGUCUUAAUCUCAUCUGAAGAUUGUUCCAAUAAUAACAAGGAAGUUUGACGCAAUCGUCCAGUAUCAAUACGCAAGUGAAGAACAUCAAAGAUCAUUCGGCAUUGGAGUGUCACGAAGAGCAAGGGCAAGCAAAAACAGGAAUACUCCAACCAUGAAAUAGUCAGUUAUAUAAGUGAUUAUUGUACCAUGACCUAUCAAUCACGCAAAGCUUGCCGCCGAGAUGUUACAUCUAUUCCUCAUCUCACUAUUACCAGUUAUUUUCGCCAGUCCAUUUCAAAAGUAUCCAUACGUAUUUUUGCUUGACGUUGGGAAUGAAGAAAUCGGGAAAUUCAGUACGCAACAGAUUCGACUGUCGAUUCCAGGAGGGUCUUUAGCGGUACGGUACCCUGCUGUCGGUGAAGGUGACACGAUUGGACACGUCAGAGUAACUGGAAUCGACUUUGGCACAGACCUCAAAGCAAAUAUAAUUCAAGGAGGACCUGGGUACAAAUAUGCCGUUUUUGUAUUCGUGGGUAACCCAGGAACUCCAUACGACGCUGUUGUGACCAUACAGACAGUACCAAAUAUGGACGCUUCACCACCAAAGUUGGAUAUAUCUUACAAAGAAAAUGUAGAUCAAGGAUUGGAAGAUGCGAAUGACAGCUCGGAGGAUACAAGUGAUAAUGACAAUUCUAUAACAAAAACUAUGUAUAAAGGAAAUAGAAAACAAGUGAUGCAAUCUAGUUCUAACAUCUAUCAUUAUACAAGUAAUGCGGUAAGUGAUGAUGACUUUAAUAACAAUGGAGUAGAAACUCAAAGUGAAGAAGAUUUUCACGAUGAAAAUGAAGACGAUGACAAUGAUGUAGAAGAAGAUGACGAUGAUUAUAAAUCUAGUGAAAGAAACUAUGCAAAAGGUGGUUAUUCAGAUGAGAGUUCAGACGAUGCUCGUGUAGUAGAUGUGAAGAGUAACCAAUACGGUAUUUACGAGGCGUUUAAGCCACAUUGGCUCGGGGGUGUACGGUUUUAUCCGCAAGCAUCAUUAUACGUCCAGGACAGUUACGGAAAACCAGUUUCUGAUGAUGAAAACCGCGACAAUGAUGAGCUUAGUGAAAAUUAUUAUAAGGACCUGAACAAUAAUAUAAACGAUUUUGGUGCCCCCGUUGAAUAUAAAUAA